AUGCAGCUGAGUCCCAGCUGGGACACCCGGAUCAGCCGCCACAAGUCCCAGCUGGAGCACCCGGAUCAGCCGCCACAAGUCCCAUCUGGUGCACCCGGAUCAGCCGCCACAAGACCCAGCUGGGACACCCGGAUCAGCCGCCACAAGUCCCAGCUGGGACACCCGGAUCAGCCUCCACAAGUCCCAGCUGGGACACCCAGAUCAGCCUCCACAAGUCCCAGCUGGGACACCCGGAUCAGCCGCCACAAGUCCCAGCUGGAGCACCCGGAUCAGCCUCCACAAGUCCCAGCUGGAGCACCCGGAUCAGCCUCCACAAGUCCCAGCUGGAGCACCCGGAUCAGCCGUCACAAGUCCCAGCUGGAGCACCCGGAUCAGCCGCCACAAGUCCCAGCUGGAGCACCCGGAUCAGCCUCCACAAGUCCCAGCUGGAGCACCCGGAUCAGCCUCCACAAGUCUCAGCUGGAGCACCCGGAUCAGCCUCCACAAGUCCCAGCUGGAGCACCCGGAUCAGCCUCCACAAGUCCCAGCUGGAGCACCCGGAUCACCCGCCACGAGUCCCAGCUGGGACACCCGGAUCAGCCUCUACAAGUCGCUGCUGGAGCACCCGGAUCACCCGCCACGAGUCCCAGCUGGAGCACCCGGAUCACCCGCCACGAGUCCCAGCUGGGACACCCGGAUCAGCCUCUACAAGUCCCAGCUGGAGCACCCGGAUCACCCGCCACAAGUCCCAGCUGGGACACCCGGAUCAGCCUCUACAAGUCCCAGCUGGAGCACCCGGAUCAGCCGCCACAAGUCCCAGCUGGAGCACCCGGAUCAGCCGCCACAAGUCCCAGCUGGGACACCCGGAUCAGCCUCCACAAGUCCCAGCUGGAGCACCUAGCUCAACUUCUCAACGCUUAG